AUGGCAAUUUCCAAUGGUGUCAAUGGCCAUACUAAUGGCACUGGCUCGUCAUCGAAGAACGGCAAAGUCUCUACUUUGUCUAACACAAUCUCAUCGACGUUGUCUGAUCUUUUUGACGAAAAUAUCACUGCCAAAAUACUCUAUGCCGCGGAGAGCGGACUGAUAGAUAAUAAUCCACCAGUCGCCUAUCCAGAGUAUGUCCCCCAGACUGGACCAGACACUGGCAAAUAUGUCCUUCGAGAAAAGCUCUUUUGGACAUGUGGUUUCUUUCCAGGCUCCAUAUACUCUCUGAUUGAGCGCAUGACCAAAUUUCCGCAAGCGUCACCCGGUAGUUCCAAAAAGCAGCAGCUUCUAAAGCAAUUACUCACAGUCGGACGGGCUUGGUCUGACCCACUGCACAACUACGCGAAACGAACAGACACACACGACAUGUCUUUUAUGAUUCAGCCGUCGAUGAGAGUGCGCUGGGAGGUUCUACAUGAUCUGGACGCUCUACAGUCUGUCAUAACGGCUGCACAAUCACUUUACUCUAGAUACAACUCCAAUGUCGGCGCUAUUCGCUCUUGGGAUGUACUGUCGCAAGAUGGCGUCGAAAUUUCGAGUAUGACACAAGACUUUCUGGUAAUCAUCGACUCGAUGUGUAAUCUCGAUCUACUGUACUACGCAGCAGCACAGACUGGUCAGACAGAGAUGGCUGAUGCGGCGACAACCCAUGCCAAAGCCCUGAUCAAAGCCCUUCUUCGAAACGAAACCGACGACUCUGUUGGCAGAACUAUGUACAGUACCUUUCAUGUUGUGAACUUUGACCCCAACAACGGAUCUAUUAAAGAGAAGAGGACAGGUCAGGGGUAUGCCGCAAACUCAACUUGGGCCCGUGGACAAGCCUGGGGCAUCCUCGGAUACUCGCAAACAUACAACUGGACCAAAGAUCCCCAGUUCCUAGACGCAGCUAUGGGACUUGCUGAGUACUUUAUAUUCAGACUCCUCAAGUCUCCCGACUGCGUUGAGGUACAUAUAACCGGCGAGAAUCGCACCAAGGGCCGCUAUGUACCACUGUGGGAUUUCGAUGCACCUAUAGAUACCUCUGCUCCGUUGCGAGACUCAUCUGCGGGUGUUAUUGCCGCGAACGGCAUGCUGGUACUUUCGCAAGCUUUAGCCGGCAGUGAGCUGCAUGACCUUAGUGAGAGAUAUCGAUCGAUGGCUAUUCGGAUCGUCAAGGAUACUCUUGAAUUUUCUCUAGCACAAGAAAAGUCCAAGGUCGCGUUGAAGUCUGACGGGACCUUUGAAGUUCUGGACUUGGAGCCCAAUAGCCAUUUUGAAGCUAUUCUGAAGAACGCCACGGCUAAUCACAAUGCGAAGGACUACAAGAGAUACUGGGACCAUGGGCUUGUGUAUGCGGAUUAUUAUCUUCUUGAGUUUGGAAACAGGUUGCUCAAGAUGGGUCUAGUAUAA